AGUUUUGUUACUAUUGUCUAUAUGGGUUUGUGCUGACAUGGGAUAAAUAGAAAAUGCAGAGAUCCGCGGUUCAAUGGCGAAGGGAUAAAAUCAUUAAUUUUUUAGUAGAAACAACGUCUAUUAUGUUACCCAUCAUUUCAUCAUGCAGAUAAUCUGAUAUUUAAGAGAAAAAAAUUAUCAAGAUUUUGGGGUGCACCUCCGUGUCAUCGUCGGACGGCACCGUUUGGAUGUUAUUUUGAUAAACAGACUAAUUUCUCCUGUUACAACGCACGGACAUACGUGCUAGUGUAUAUAAAAAAAUUGUUGCUUUUGGUAGCGAAAUUGCACAGAGACAGCACGUAGGCCUCUAAGUAAUUGUUUAGGUUGAAAAGAAUAAUUAGGAGGUUGAGGAAAGGGAAUUAGGAGGUUGAGAAAACAGAGAGGCUUAGCCGAACCCCUGGAUCAUUUGCCUCCUGAGAGGCUACCGCAGAUCCAUCCCCAAUCUCCCUCCCCUCGCCCCCUCUCCAGCCAUUCCAGGUUCCUCUGCACACCAAUACCCAGAUCCACCGCCAUGGGAGCACCGCCGCCGCUACCGGGCGAGCUCGUCGAAGAGAUCCUCCUCCGCGUCCCGCCGGACCACCCCGCAUGCCUCCUCCGCGCCUCCAUCAUCUGCAAGGACUGGGCCGGCAUCAUCUCAUGCCCAGCCUUCCGCCGCCGCCUCCACGAGCUCCACCCGACACCACCCCUCCUCGGCUUCCUCCCUGGCGGGGGCUACGUGCCCCACCAGCACAGCUUCAUACCCACCAUCGGCUCGUCCUUCUCACCCGCCGCCCCGGACCACCGCUUCUGGCAUGCCCUUGACUGCCGCCACGACCGCGCCCUCUUCGUCUCCCAGGGCCAGGAUGGAUAUGCUCGGGAACUCCUUGUGUGGGAGCCAAUCACGGGCGCCCAGCAGCGCGUACCGUGGCCCGCGGCGUAUCCGUCCCGCUGCUACCCGACUAUGGCGGCCGUGUUCUGCGCAGCGGACGGGUGUGACCAUCGCCACUGCCUCGGGGGUCCUUUCCAUGUGCUAGUCGACAUCCAGGAUGAAUGCAUUGACGUGCCUCUCAUAUCAGUGUGCGUAUACUCGUCGGAGACCGGCGCCUGGGGCGAGCUGCUGACCUCCAUCCUGGCCUUCUCCAUAAUCGAAACAAACUUUUCCAGCGUGCUCGUUGGGAGCUCUCUGCUUUACUUCCUGUUCUACAACUGGUUCAACCUCGACUACGGCGAUCCAUCGAUUCUGGAGUAUGACUUGUCAAGGCAUGCCCUGAAUGUGUUUACCUUUAGCCCACCAGACGACAACUACUGUGAACGCCACCUCAUGCUGGCUGGGGAUGCUGGACUGGGCGUAAUCCAAGACUUUGAUUCGCAUCUCAAAUUGUGGACAAGAGAGGCGAGUGACCGCAUUGAUGCACGAUGGGUGCUCAGUUGGGUCAUCGACCUCGGCACUUUGGUACCAACUAGUGCCCCAUUGCAUGAAGAUUAUAGACUGUGCGUGAUGGGCGUCGCUGAGGGAGCAAAUGUCAUUUUCGUCGACACAGUUGAUGGUGUUUUCUCAGUUGAGUUACAGUCGGAGCAUGUGAGGAAGGUGUGCGAUCAUGGCUUCGGUAUUUUGAUCCCAGUUGUCAGCUUCUACACUCCUGUACCCCGAGGCAAGCCUAGUGAGGAGCCUAACGAGGAGGCAGGGGGUGAGGAGAAGAAAACAAUAGAUCGGGCACAACAGCUGUUGAGCAAGGGGUCCAAUGCGACCAAGGAAGGGGACUUUGUCAACACAUUCGAAUGCGUCAGCAACGACCACAAUAUCAGGUGAGUCCCAAACGCCUCCCCUAUUCCA